AUGGCAGCUAAGUUUUUCGCCCUGCUGUCUCUGGCACUUUUGGCCACUUGCCAAGCGGAGUACAACUACAACGAGAAGACGGCUAAGGCGGCCAGCCCGUCGGAACGCAGUGCGUCCAGUUCUGGCGAGGAUUUCCUGAGUGACUACCACACGCCCAGCAACAAUGCUCUGAAUUCGGAGGCCACGCCCGAUGGCUAUGACUACGUGGCGCCCGCCAGGAAUCAGUUCGCCGCCGGCAGCCGUACAGCCAGUGUCCAGGCCUCCAAUCUUCUCCAGAAUGCGGCCAGUGCCGCCAAUGCCGAGUCCGUGCUGCUGCCCUCGCCGCUGCCUGUCCUUCGCCACGAGCAGAACUCGGAGGUGGUUUCAUCGGCGCAGCAGCAGCAGGAACAGCAGAUAGUUCAGCAACAGCAGUCGGAUGCGGUGGUGGUCAGCUCCGUUCUGCGCCAGCACCAGGAGCCCGAGGUCUUUCCGCCCGCCAGCUACAGCUUCAACUAUGCCGUGAACGAUGAGAGCACCGGCGACAUCAAGGAGCACAGCGAGACCCGGGAUGGCUAUGUGGUGCGCGGAUUCUACAGCCUCAUCGAUCCCGAUGGCUACAAGCGCACCGUGACCUACACGGCGGAUGAUGUGCAUGGCUUCAAUGCUGUGGUCAACCGGGUGCCCUAUGCGCUCAAGGCGGUGGUUGUCCCUGUGGCCCAGGUGGCGCAGCCCACUCCAUUCGUGGCUCGCGAUGAACGCUCCAAGUCGGUGGAUGUCAUUCGAUCCUCGGGAGCAGCAGCUACCCCAGGAAAUGUCCUACGAUCGGGCGCUGUUUCCGGUUCCGGCUCAUCUUCGGGUUCCGCUUCCGGAUCCGGCGUGAGCAACACCUUCGCUGAGGACAGCUACGCCAAUGCUCCGCGAGGCCUGGACUCCUCCGGCGGUCCCUACGCCUGAGUCCU